AAAGAGAAUCAUGACAUGCUCUAACUGCCUGCAAGAAGGACACAACAAGCAGGGUUGCAAAAAUGCAACUGUCUUGAAUAAUCAACCAAAGAGACCAAGAGGUCGUCCCAGGAAAAAUCAGGAACCACAUGUGCUUGGAUCACAAUCUUAUCAAGGAUCACAAUCUUAUCAAGGAUCACAACCUCUACAAGGAUCACAAGAUCAGCAAGUACACGGAUCACAGGUUCAUCUUGGAUCAGAAGGACAAAGGGUAACAGGUCGUGGAGCACAAGGAUCUAUGGCAUCAAGUGGAGCAUCACAAAGAGAACAACCUGAUAGAAGACAUGGAUCUGUAGAAGCACAAGCAGCAGCACAACCCCAAGCACAAGCACAAGGACUUGGUGGAUUGGCAUCAUGGUUUGAGUGUUCCACUUAAGCUUAGUCUCAGUUUUUUUUUCUUGUUUGAACUUAAGCUUAGUCAGGGUAUAUUUUUGUUAGCUGACAUAAGCUUAGUCUCGGCUUUCUUUUUGUUGUUUGAACUUGUCUUUAUGACAUGAUCUCCACUCGGCUUUCUUUUUUGUUGUUUGAACUUGUCUUUAUGACAUGAUCUUCCACUCGGCUUUCUUUUUGUGUCUAUGACAUCAUUGUUGUAAUGUAUGAAUGGUUCUAUCAAUGGUUCUCUCUUAACUUCUCAUUUUCAGAAAUACCAUUUCAUUGCAAAAGAUACAAACUCAUACAAGACACGACACAAACAAGACACAACACAAAACUAAAACAAGAGAAGGCACAAACGAGAGAAACAUGAACCAAGACCAAAGACAAAGACACAAACCAUAUAAGACACUAAUGCACACCUAGUAACCAAGAACUAACUUAUGUCUUUUGUCUCCAACACCAAACAGUAGGAUAACAAAGACAAUGACAGCAACACAAAGGCUCACUAAACACACUUUGAUCAUCGU